UUAAGUUUUAACCUCUUCAGCUCGUGGUCGUGGUCAUGGUCUCUGUUUUUCCACCAUCAAGAAAAACAACCAAGCUUUGAACUUUAACAAUCUUUCUGGGUGUUUUCCCACUACAAUUGUUCCUUUAUUGUACUACAAAGUUACUUAAAAAGCCUGCGUAGAUGGUCGUCAAACCUUUUACUGUGGACUUUGAUAAGCCUCUCGUCUUCCAGGUUGGUCAUCUUGGCAAAGGUUACAAUGAAUGGGUUCACCAACCUAUUGUCAGCAAAGAAGGCCCCAGAUUUUUUGGAAAUUACUAUUUGGAGCUCUUGACCCGCACGACAUGGUGGGUGAUUCCAAUUGUUUGGCUGCCUGUAGUAUCCUGGUCAGUCUUCAUGUCUUUUAGAACGGGGCUUACAUUACCACAGGUAGCUUUAUCAGUGGUUGGUGGCAUCUUUAUUUGGACAUUGACGGAGUACGUUAUGCAUCGCUUCCUUUUUCAUAUGAAAACAACAAGCUAUUGGGGAAAUACCAUUCAUUAUUUACUUCAUGGUUGCCAUCACAAGCACCCUAUGGAUGGGAUGCGCCUUGCUUUCCCCCCUGCAGCAACAGCUAUUUUUUGUGUGCCGUUUUGGAUUAUGUUUAGGCUUUUAUCACCUCCGUUAGUUGCUCCGGCUUUGUUUGGAGGAACCUUAUUGGGAUAUGUUGCAUAUGAUGUUAUUCAUUACUACCUGCACCAUGGGAAGCCAUCCAAUAGAUUGACUCAAGAUCUGAUGAAAUCUCACUUGAACCAUCACUUCAGAGUUCAAAGUAAGGGAUUCGGGCUCACUUCCACCUUAUGGGACAAUGUUUUCGGAACAGUGCCUUCAACAAAAGAUGCAGAGAAAAUGAGUAACCAGUAGCACUGGCUGGGUAAGAUGGAUCUUCUUGUUACUAUGUAGUUACUAGUAAGUCUUU